UACCUAUCGCAAAUCAGUCGGCAGAGAUACACGUCCCAGACAUGUCGACAAAAACACUGGGGAACUUUGUGCAGUGUCCUGUGUGCAGGACCAGCCACGUUCCCACCAACGGAGCACUGAAGGAUGGCGUCUAUGCGUCUACCUGUGAAAACUGUGGCCACUUCUUUAAGUUCAAGGCCACAGGUCCUCUCAAGUCAUCUGUCACCUUCACCAUCAAUGGGUCUUCCUUCACAGUUGGCAACGAGUAUGCUGCAGCCCUGUCCCUGAAUGAGUUCAUGAGGUCCCAGGGUGUGUCCUAUGGCACCAAGGCGAUGUGUAUAGAGGGAGGGUGUGGCGUGUGCCUCGUCACUACCACACUGUAUGAUCCCAUCACAAAGGCCGUGCAGACCUACACAGUCAACUCGUGUCUGGUUCCUCUGUACACGUGUGACGGCAUGCAAGUGACCACCAUCGAGGGUCUGGGCAACCCCAGAGAUGGCCUACACCCGCUGCAAGACCGUCUGGCACAGUACAAUGGCUCUCAGUGUGGCUUCUGUAGCCCUGCCCAGGUCAUGAAUAUGUAUGGCCUUCUGAAGAGAACACCCAACCCGACCAUGCAACAAGUUGAGAAUGCCUACGAUGCAACCAUCUGCAGAUGCACAGGGUACCGACCCAUCCUGGCCGCAAUGAAGUCCUUCGCUUCUGAUGCUACGCCAGAUCUGCCUGGAGGUCAAAUUGACAUUGAGGAACUGGACAAGAAGAUUUGCAGCAAAACCGGGAAGACCUGCACAGGACGCUGUUCAUCUGAGAGAAAGACUGACCCGGAACAGGUGCCCCUCCACAUUGUGCUGCAGGGUUCACAGUGGUACAAACCCACCACCAGGCAGCAGCUCUACGCCCUCCUCGGUCAACACCAGGCAGACAGCUACAGACUCGUGUUCGGGAAUUCUGGAUAUGGCGUCUACAAAGAGAUCGGUCCAUGGAUGUAUAAUGUCCUCAUCGACCUUCGUGGCAUCCAGGAGUUCUAUGACAUUUCCAUUGACUCCUCCAAAGUGAUGUUUGGACCUAGCAUCACUCUGACCAACAUGUUGGAGGUCUUUGAGAAAAACAGCACCAACCCUGCUUUAUCCUACUUCCGGGACUUCGCCAGCCACGUGGGCGUCAUCGCCAACACUGGAGUUAGGAACUUAGGCAGCUGGGCCGGGAACCUGAUGCUAAAGAACCUGCACUCAGAGUUUCCGUCUGAUGUCUUCACCAUGUUUGAGACAGUCGGGGCCACUCUGUUCAUAGGGUCUAGUGAUGGCUCCGAGAAGUCAUACAGUCUCAUGGACUUCCUGAAGCUAGACAUGAAGGGCAAGGUCAUCCUGUCUGUCACGCUUCCCACAUUCCCAUCUGGAGACGUGUACGUCAAGAGUUUCAAGAUCACUCCAAGACACCAGAACGCCCACGCCUAUGUGACAGCAGGCUUCAGGCUGCAGCUGGACAGGAACAACAACUUCACUGUCAAGACAAAACCAUCCCUGGUGUAUGGAGGCAUCAACAAGACACUGGUUCAUGCCAGCAAGACGGAGGCGUAUCUGCAGGGAAAACCGCUGGGGGCGUCUUAUAUCCUCAAAAGGGCACUGGUGCUUCUGUCGGAGGAGCUGGUCCCCGACAACACCCCUGGCUUGUCCAGUACAACCUACAGGAAGAACCUGGCCAUCUCUCUGUUCUACAAGUGCGUACUCGGCAUGUGUGGUGAGAAAGCCGCCCCAACCUACCAGAGUGGCGCCACCAACUUGAUGCGACCCGUGUCAUCCGGCACUCAGACAUAUGGCAGUCGUAAAGGGGAAUACCCCCUGACCGAGCCAAUGACCAAGGUGGACGCGACCCUACAGACAUCUGGACUUGCCCAGUACGUCAACGAUGUCCCGCCUGUACAGCGUGAAGUGUGUGCAUCAUUCGUCAUCAGCACCGUCGGUAAUGCUGAAAUCGACACCGUCGACACUUCUGCAGCUCUGAGUUAUCCUGGAGUUCUGAGAUACAUCUCUGCUUCUGACAUACCCUCUGGAGGCCGGAACAGCUUCAGCCCAACAGUCUUCCUUGAUGAAGAGAUCUUCUGCAGUGGCCGGGUUCUCUACAGCGGGCAGCCAAUCGGUAUCAUCGUUGCAUUUGACAAACUAUCAGCUGACACAGCAGCCAGCAUGGUGAAGGUUACCUACAAGAACGUCCAGCCUCCCAUCAUUACAAUGGAAGAUGCUAUGCAGAAGAAGUCAGUAUUUCCAAAUGUUGUCAAAGGGAUCAAAGUUGGUGAUGCAGCAGCUGCAAUAGCGAGCUCAGACCAGAAAAUCACCGGCCGGAUCAAGAUGGGGAGUCAGUACCACUUCCAUCUGGAGACACAUGUGAGCAUCUGCUACCCAGCAGAAGAUGGAGUGGGUAUGAAUAUUCUCUCAUCAACACAGUGGACAGAUAUGGUCCAACAGGUGACAUCCAAGCUCCUCACCAUUCCUGAGAGCCGCAUAAACGUGACAGUCAGACGUCUAGGGGGAUCAUACGGAUCCAAAAUUACCCGCGCCGCCUUACCAGCUUGCGCUGCUUCCCUUGCGGCCCACAUCUUGAGAAGGCCUGUCCGUCUGGCGAUGAACUUCCACACCAACAUGAAGACUAUAGGGAAACGUUUUCCCUAUUUGGCGGAUUAUACAGUGGGCGUCAACAACGACGGGAAACUGAACGGAAUCCAGCUUACUGUGAACGCCGACUGUGGAAUGUCCCCCAACGACAAUGCUUUCAUCGCAUUCGGCCCAUGCAUGGACAACGCCUACUAUUGCCCAACGUGGGACUUCAAACCUGUUCUCCUGAAGACUAAUCUACCGACUAACACCGCUACACGAUCACCGGGGUCGUGCCCCGCUAACUUCAUCAUGGAGUCGAUGAUGGAACACGUGGCCAAAGUCCUGAACAAGGAUCCGCUGGAGUUUAGGAAAAUAAACCUGUUCAACAAAGGACAAACAACCGCCGGUGGAAUGGUUCUGAAAUAUUGCAACAUCAAAGAGAUGGUGGCUCAGCUGGAGACGUCAGCUGAUGUCCAGAACAGAAAACAACAGAUCGCAGCUUUCAACCAGGCCAACAGAUGGAAGAAGAAGGGCAUUUCAGUUGUGCCUCUCCGCUUUGACCUACCCAUCACCAACCUCAACUACAGCGUCUUCGUGACCAUCUACCACGGGGAUGGCUCCGUCGCAAUAUCGAUCGGUGGCGUUGAGAACGGUCAGGGAAUCUUCACAAAGGUGAUGCAAGUCUGUGCCUAUGAGCUUGGUAUUCCAAUGGACACCAUCACCGUAAAGCCGACGUCAAGUUUUGUCGACGCUAACUCAUUUACAACUGGUGGCAGCGUCACUAGCGAGGUCAAUGCAUUGGGGACCCUGCAGUGCUGUCAACAGUUAAAGGCACGGAUGGCCCCGGUCAAAGCCCAGAUGUCCAACCCUACCUGGCUCCAGCUGGUCAGCAAGUGCUUCAGCAAAGGAAUGGACCUGACAGCGCAAAGCCUCACUAAUCCAACAGGCGAUAGUAGUAAGUACAACGUAUACGGUGCAGCCUGUACGGAGGUCGAGAUGGACGUUCUGACCGGCGAGAACCAGAUCAACAGGGUGGACAUCUUAUAUGACUGUGGAGACAGUAUGAAUCCUGAGAUUGACGUUGGACAAGCAGAAGGAGCCUUUGUGAUGGGCCUGGGAUACUGGCUGACCGAACAGAUGAUCUAUGACCCUACGACUGGUACCGCCCUGACUGAUGGAACAUGGGAAUACAAACCUCCAAUGGGCAAAGACAUCCCUAUCGACUUCCGUAUCCAGUUCCUGAAGAAUGCACCCAACCCACGUGGAGUUUUAAGGUCGAAAGCUGUUGGCGAGCCGCCACUGUGUAUGGCUGCGUCAGCGUUGUUUGCCGUGAAGCACGCCAUCGAGGCUGCCAGAAAGGAUAUUUCUAAGGACACGUUCUUUCCUCUCGACGGCCCAGCAACGGUGGAGAUGAUACAAACAGGGUGUCAAGUUGACAGCAGCCUUCUGGUAUAUGGACAUUAGAUCACAAACUAUAGGAUUACGAUCAGACAGUCAUCAUAUAACGAUCAGACAGUCAUCAUAUAACGAUCAGACAACUGCAUGAUAACGCCAAGAGAGCAAGAGGAUAACGUCCAGACAGCUAUAUACCAGACAACUAUCAUGAAACUAUGUGAUAACGAUCAGACAGUCGCCAGUUAUAAAAAAAUAGUGCGUUUGGCUCAAAAGCGGACCGAUGAAUUGCAAUCUAACUC